UUCAUUUUGUUUAAUUUUUUUCAUUCUGCUUCUUGCGUAGUGUAUUCCGACUCGGCGUGCGAUUCAAGCAAGAUGGAUGACCGGAGUUGUGACGUCCACUGCAAUUCCAUAUGGGGUAGAGUCCCUCUGUUCAACAUUCCGUGGAGUUACGGAGCGUGUGCAAAAGACAAAAGUUGCGUUUGUAGAUUCAACCAGAAAGAUCUACACCAAUUCACGAGUAAUCCCUGCGUUCAAAGGUCCGUUUGGUCAUCAUCGUUCAAAGGCAAAAGGAAAAUAGUUUCAAAGGAAAUUAAGACGCAAGUUGUUCGCUUGGAUUCACGACAGCGAUUUGAAGUAUUCAAGAGCGCCUACGGGAAACAGUACGGCUCACAGGGCGAGGAUCUGAAACGAUAUGAUAUUUUCAGAAAAAACUUGGCCAUAAUUGAUGACCUUAUGGCCAGGCGAAAAGGAAAUGUCGUUUUUGGAGUCGGCCCAUUCACGGAUUUUACGAGUGAGGAGUUCCGUCGAUUCGUCGGGAUCAAGAAGCUGAGGCGCAGACAACUGAGGCCGCGAAUGCUGAAUCCCUUCUCGCGAAGGUCACGCUCCACAAACGGGCAGAAGCCCGGGAGAGCUCGGUCGUUGUCACCGGGGCGCCCGGGCCCGGGCGAUCGCCCCGCUCCCAGACGCAGCGUCUCCGUCCCUCCCUCCUACCAGCCGGCGCCGCACAAUUACAAACCCUGGGUCGGCCCCGAUCCACAGGGACAAAUCCUCCUCGACUGGCGCAUCCCCGAUCACCUUUACCCCCCGACCGAAGCUCAAACCCAGUUCGGAAGAGAAUGUGACGCAUGUUGGGCUUUUUCAACAGUUGGAGCUGUGGAUAUAAAAUUGUCUCGGAUGGCUGGCAGGAUUGGGAAGGUCUCAGUACAAGCGUUGAUUGAUUGCGAUUCGCAAAAUUACGGCUGUAACGGCGGAAAUAUGGAAGGCGCUUUAUAUUUCAUGAAAAACAACGGAGUUCCAUCUGCCGCUGUUUACCCCUACCGAGCAAAGACCGAGGUUUGUAAACAGUACUCGCCCUCCGUCAAGACCGACUACGAAGAAGUAGAUCCAGAAAAAGUGGAAGAACGCUUGAUGUACAGCCCACUCCCUUCGGCCAUAUAUUUUGAUCCGAUACUCCAGUGGAGAAUGAAUCCGCACUAUUCCUAA